AUGGACCGAUCACCGGCACGAUCAUCGCUCUCCCGAGUGGACUCGGAGGACAGUCCGGUCGAGUUUAUUACCGUAGCCGACUCGGACAUGUCGGAUGUGUCGCCCGCCACCCCGGAGAAGAAACCGAAGAAGAAGCGCAGUGGCCUCUCGUUCAAGAAGAUCCGCAGCAACGCUCAGAAGCUCAUCCCGGGCGUACGGCGGACCAAGAAAUCCAGCGCCGUCGAGGGCGAGUCUGCCGGUGUCGUCACGGAGAAUGAGCGCGACACGGACACUCCAUCACCGCCAGCGGCGCCGAUCGAAACGGUGGAACCGGCCACCCUGAAGUCCACCGAAAGUCUGCCCGCCAUCAAGGAGGACCCGCGGGAGGUGCUGGGUGGUACCCGGUCGGACGAGGACAUGUUGGCCGCCGAUGGGAAAGCGCGCCAGAAGAAGGUCCGCAAACCGAGCCGGGCCGCCAGCUUCAUGAAGAAGCUGGCCGGGCGAGCCAAAUCGUCCAAGGUGGCACCCAACGCCAGCGCGGAGCCCGAAGCGGACGCCGUAUCGUCCGGAACGCUCGAGACACCGCUCAGCAUCAAGCGCCAAACGCCCGAGGGGGCCAUCUUGAACGUGUCCGAGUCGGAACUGUACCCGGAUGCUAUGGAUGGGGACGAGGGUACGUCGGUGGACCCACCGCAACCGGCGGUGUCGCUGCUGAUCCGGCAGCUCGAAGCCGAACCGAGGACACUGCGACCCAAGCGGACCGAAAUGAAAAUCACACUCACCCGGAACACGGACGACAUCGAGAUCAUCGACGGCGGCGGUGACGGCGGUGGCCCGGCCACGACGAACAUUGAAACCAGUAAUGGUCGGCUUCGGAGCGCUGGCGGCGGCGGCGGCGGUGUUCAUCGUCAAUCGCCCCAGAAUGAAUCGUCGUCGCUGUCAUCGUCGGCUAAACCAAUUAGUCCGUUCCCUCAGCCGGCAGCAGCAGCAGAACCGAUUGCGACGGCGACUACGACGACGCAAUCGGGCGCCGCGAUCGCGAAGGAAUCAUUCGGUGUCGAGCAGUCGAGCGUCACGCAGUCGCGGCCGACGGUUAGCGCGGAUCAGCAGCGGUUGUCGAGCUUGCUGAGCGGUGACUACAUAGCGGAGAUCAAUAAGUUUUCGAUCGAGAAACUCGGCUCGGGCAAGGAGGAGCUGCCACCGCCACCGGUACCGUCCCCGCGCGGUUCGCUGUCGAUACGGGAAAAGUUUUUCCACCCAUUAGCGCCCCCCUCGGCCGCGACCGCUGCGGCGUCGUCGUCGGUGUCAACGUCGGUCGUCGUCGGCGGCGACGAGAGUACGGAGGAUUUUAUGAGGAAAUCGAAGGGAGCCGCCGCAGCAGCAGGCCGCUCGAAGGGAGGUGGUGCCACCGGCAAAGGCCAGGCCAGCAAGGACCAGACGGUGGAGCAGAGUGGUGCAGGCGGAGAAGUAGCAGCAGGGAGCAACAGCAGUGGUGGUGGUGGUGCUGAAGGCCCAACGACGACGACAACGACGACGGUGCGCACGCAGGAAGCGUCCAAACCGUACCAGCUCGGCAACAGUCUGAAGAACCCGAACAAUUCCGGAUUUAAGUCGAUCGAAGGAGGACCUUCCGCCGCGGGAAGCAGUGCCGAUUCGGGCCGGCAGGACGACGGCCCGGCGCCGAAGAUCGUGUUCGAUAUCGGAACGCAGGUACGCCCCGAUAGAACCUCCACCAUCGCCGGUCAGUCCGUCGUCGGUCAGACGCUCACGGCGCCCCUAGUCGGCGAGGGGGGCGGCGGCGGCAGUGGUGCCCUUUCCGGGACGUUCUCCUCGUUCGGGGGCUCGUACGACGGCGCGGAGCCGGCCAGUGACAGCCAGGGCGACGGGUCGCGGCGACGCAUAGCGUACGUUGAGCAGCCGACCUUCUACACGCCCGAGGAGGAGGAACUGCUCACCGGCAAAGCGUCGUCCCUGCUGUCGAGUGCGCUCGAGUCCACCAGCCCCGAGUACUCGCUAGAAUCGGCCGACUAUCUCGACAGCAAAAUGCCCCCGCACGGUGAUUUACUGCUCGAGAAGGGGGCCACCGACCGGGAAGUGGCAAACAUGGCAGGAACGGCACCGGCCGAGAAGCGGGAGCAUCUCUACAAAAUCCUCGUCAUCGGUGAGCUCGGGACGGGCAAAACGUCGUUCAUCAAGCGGUACGUGCACCAGUUCUUUAGCCAAAACUAUCGCGCCACGAUCGGGGUGGAUUUUGCGCUGAAGGUGCUCAACUGGGACCAGAGCACCAUCAUCCGGCUGCAGCUGUGGGAUAUUGCCGGCCAAGAGCGGUUCGGUAACAUGACACGAGUGUACUACAAGGAAGCGGUCGGUGCGUUCAUCGUGUUUGACGUGACGCGCAGUGCCACCUUCGAUGCGGUGAUCAAGUGGAAGCAGGACCUCGACUCGAAAGUGCAGCUACCAGACGGCAAACCGAUCCCGUGCAUACUCUUAGCGAACAAGAGCGACCAGCAGAAGCAGGGAAUCGUCACGACGCCGGCCAAGCUGGAUGAGUACGUCAAGGAGCACGGGUUCGCCGGGUGGUUCGAGACGUCGGCCAAGGAGAACGUCAACAUCGAGGAAGCGGCCAAAUCGUUAGUCAAUAAGAUUUUAAUGAAUGACAAACUGCUAAACACCGGUGAGGUCGCCGAUUCGGAACGGUUUGCGCUGGCCGGUAGCAGUAAGGCUGACGUUGACCAGAAAAAGUCCUGUCCCUGCUGACCGUCGUCCGCCCGUCUCUCGGAUUCCGGAUCGAGAUGCGUGAUGGUGUGCGCGUGUGUUCCGUACGUGUAUCUGUCUGUCCGUCUGUUUGUGUCCUGUGUGUCUUGUCCGUGUUUAGGUGUGUCCGCGACCCACCCCGUUACGCCAUCUACGGUCAGUUAUGGUUUUUGUUUGUUUUCCGGGGUUUCCCUUUAGUUGUUUUAUUACUGUUACAAAAUAAUUUUGUUUUACUACUACACGAAAAAACACUACCUACUACUACUACUACUAUUACUACUACUAAAACCAACUAAUAUAAUAUUAUGAAAGCUAUGUCCUUAUUGUUACACCUUUUAAAACGCUGCACCCGGCCGUUUUUAUGAGCGAACUAUUACCCUAUCACGAUUAUAUUACUCCACUUUAUACGUUGUUUGGUUCACUCGGUUUCGAUUACACAUUUACGUACCACGAAGGGCUUUGUUUUACCCCGUGCCGCGUCGGCUCCGUCCGCGCUAGUUAAGGGUUGUAGCUUCGUGUGGUCACAGUAUGGAAAAGCGUCUCCCCAUGUGCCACGGCACGGACGAGGACCAACGCAAAACGAAGUGUCGUCCAAUGGAAGAAGAAGGGAAAACAGGCCGUCCGCUGAAGGAGCAAGGCUAGUAAACGAGGUCUUAUGUGUAACAAAUGCACCCGCCCAAAGUCCGGUUUUCCGUCCGGAAGACGGAACCGAAUGCAGCAAAAGUUCUCGAAAGCGAUCGCGCGCACGACGACGACGACGGUUGCACGGAUGCGUCUUCCGGGUUCUUGGUUGUCCGCUUGUUGCGCGCAUCACGCACUGCACUCCAUUUCUAGGGUCAUUACGAAGAACAAAACCAAAAGUACGGGUUCUCGAAAGGUGAAUGGAAACAAAUAAAACCAAAA